AGCACACGCACACUACUCCACGCGAGGCUUCAGGACGGGCACAGUUCUCGCGAGAGUAGCCGCUCGCUUCCCCGCUCCCCUUUUGCGCUGAGCCUCCAGGCCGUGAGGUCAAACCGCUGCGACUCUGGGACCCCUCCCGCCCCCAGCCCGGGGCUACACAAGGCCGCGAGAACCUGGGAUCGUCGCACGGGAAGACAAGGCGAACAGUAAACAGGAACACUGUCAAGAAUGAGCCCACCGCAGGAUAGGAGUGGAAGCUCCUGCAGUAAGGAGCCCCUUGUAAAGUGCCUUCAAGCUAAGAAAGACUUGGAGACCGCUAUUGCUGGAAUUGUCAAGGCUGAACAGCAAAUUGAAGUCAACUGGAGAGAGGUCAAAGCUCAGAUUCACAGCUGCAUAAGUCGUCAUAUGGAAUGUCUGCGCAGUCGUGAAGUUUGGCUGCUUGAACAGGUAGAUCUCAUUCAGCAGCUCAAAGAGGAGACCUUGCAACAGCAAACAUACCAACUCUACUGGUUGCUGGGACAGUUCAAUUGUCUUAUCCACCAACUGGAACACCCCCAUAGUAAUGACCUAGUCAAUCAGAUUUCUGUGUGCCUGGAGAGACUAGGCAGUCUGACCCUCAAACCAGAAGAGUCUUCCAACCUGAACUUUGAGGCUGAUACAUCUUUCCUUCGCCAGGCCAUCACGUCGUUUGGCUCAAUUAAAACAAUGCAAACUCCUGAGACAGAAAAUGCCUCCCCUUGGAUGUCAGUGCAGAACUGCACGCUGGCCCAACAUGAACAGAAGAAACUAUUGUCUGGGACGUUAGGUUCCCCACUCAGUGACUGGCUACUUGGAAGCAAGUCUGCUAGCAGUUGCCAGGCUCCAUAUGCUCCCAGCAUCAACCCUGAGGACUGGCUUAUGAAAAAGCAUGUGCCAGAGACCAGCCAGGAUUUAAACUCUUCCAAAGUCUGUUAUUUUGAGGAAGCCUGGGGAAAUCUGAAAGAUUUGGAAAACUGGCUUCUGCAGAAUCAGCAAAGAGAAGAAACUUCUGAAAAAACAGAUUCCCAUAAGCACAAGAGCGCCUAUUCCACCAGCGGCUCCUUCUUUUCCACUGAAAAGAUGGAUCAAUUGGAGUUCCUUGAGCAAGAAGAGAUGGACAUUUCUGACUGGCUGCUUACUCCUUCUCACCCAGAAAAUGGAAGUAGUGCCUCAGAAGAGAAAUGGAAAUGUGUGUUUAAACCUUUUAGGGAGGAAUAUAACAUAAAUGAUUGGCUUCCCAAAGCUGACUCCUGUACUAACUGUCAUGGCAGUCAGGCCAAGAGUGUAGAAAUAGAAAACCUUGGAAAUCUUAAGUGCCUGAAUGAGCAUCAGGAUGUGAAGAAAUCACCCACGGUAUCUACCAAUGUCUGGCUUCUGCAGCACCCCCAGACUCCAUUUAAAGUGGAAGAUGUGUGCAAAGCUAAUGAGCCAUGCACUAGCUUUUCAGAGUGUGUGUGUGAUAACAGCUGUGAAAAGGAAGCUCUGUGUAAGUGGCUCCUGAAGAAAGAGGGGAAGGAUAAAAAUGGCAUGCCAGGAAACCAGAUACCGGUGGUGAACCCUGAGCCUGAGAAGCCUAAAUCUGCUGUCAACAUCUGGCUUCAUCCCUCCAGGCAGCUUCCAGAGGAGUCAGCUACUACCACAGUGAAAUUGGAUAGUUCAGUGAAGGUUGUAGAACCUCUAAAAGCAUUGCUUGAGAGUCCAUUGACAACCUGGCUAGCCAAAUCAGUGCACAAAGCAGCAAGCACAGAAGAAAAGGCAAACCAGGAGAAAGCAGAAGUUAGCUUCAAGAGUCCCUUUCUAGACCUCCUGGCCCCAUUCCACCUUCCUCUGAAUGUCAACAGUUGGAUGUUGUCUUCAAAGAAUAUAGAAAAUGUCAACCAGCCUCCAGUGGAAGAUAAAUGGCUUCUACGCAAGAAGGCACAAGACUAUGGCCUACCUACAGUUUGUGAACUUUUUGCCUGUAUGAAACUGAAUGGAGAUAGAGAAAAGUGGCUGUACCAGACUCCUUUACAGAAGUGAAGAACCUGAAGCAUUAGAACCACGUCACCUUCCUGCUGAUUGCCACACAUACAUACUAUGUCAUUGCAGUCUGCUGAAUAAUUGUGUUUGUGUCUGACUAGUCUGCUUUAGCUAAAAAACAAACUAUAAUUAUAGGUAACUGAGUUAUGGUGCAGAAAAUGCCUUUGUGUUAUAAAUGACUCCUGAAUAUAGCAGGCCUGCUGAAUAUACGCACACUGACACAAUAGGCAUUUGUAAGAUCGUAUCUUUCAUGGGCCUAUGUGAAGCUUCUUUUAUAGAUUGUCACUUCAAGCAUGUUGAAGCUCAGAGCAAUUGUAAAAUGAAAUGUCUUCGCUGUGAAAUCUGCAUCUCUGGUGCUUGGACUGUACUAUAUAGUGUUGCAGUUUCCUUGCCCAAAAGGUUGCCCUUCAAAUUCUAGAACUUUAUCUUGAGAAGGAUUCCAUCUUUUUCAAGAUAGCUUAUUCCUUAGUUGGAAGCAAAUUUUUGUUAACCUUUGAAGGAUGGCAGUUGUUGCUUGCAUCCUAUGUACAACUCAGCCCAAGGCUGUUAAAUGUAUUCUAGUUUUUGAAAGAAAUGUACUGUUUUUGGCCCCUGACACAAGAUGAGAACUCUUAGAUGUGUUUUUAAAGGAAGACCUUCCUGUCAAAUUUUUCCUUUGAAUGAGAUCUUCAGCUAGUGAGAACUGAGACAGAUUUGGCCCAGAUCUUUUUAAAUUGCUUUUGAACUGACAGUCUUUUCAGAGCUGUUAGUCUUUGUGAAUCAAUACACUCUGAAGCUAGUAGGUGCCCCGCAUUUAAUGAGGUAACAAUUACAAUUUUACUAAAACAAUUUGGUGUACAAAAAAGUGACUCAAAGAUGUCUAUUUUUAGACUAAUUGGCAGUUAACUUAUAUUGUAUAAACUGCUGGUAGUCAUGUUUCCUUGUCUAAUUCAUAGACCAAUACAAUUAUAAAUGGAAACCUCUCAGAAUGCUUAACAAAAAUGGAACUUUGGAUGCUUGAGAGCCUCCUAAUAUGAUGUAAUCCUGUUCAAUACGUUUUCCAGCUGGUGACCUCAUGGAUCCCACCACCUUUUCAAUCUGUUUUAGAUAGUUAAGGUAACUAUCACCUUGGUAUCAGAGUUGGGAAGUGGAGUCAGAUUAAUUUUGAUCACUGUAGCAGUGGACAUAGCAUGAAUAUACCUCCUUUAGUAUACAACAUUUUAUUAAACCCUUAUGAAACUGCAUAAGUUGUCUGAAACCAUUGGUGUACUAGGUGCAAAUGGGCAGUAGGUUUUCUAGCUUGCAUGAAGAAUUAGCAAAGUUAUUUAAUAUCUGCACAGUUAAUUUCCCCUGUUCAUUUUCAUUAACUUUUUUUUGAUGAUUUUUAGAUAACGUUUUCUUAAAGUUUGUCUGGCGUAAAAAUGGCCUCAGCUUUUCAGUGCAGAAAGAAAAUCUUGUUCCAAGGACUGAAACUUAAUACCACUUGCCUGGUGCUACACAGUAUGAAAGUAUUUGUGUGUACCACUAUGUUCAGAUAGCCUGUGAACUGAUUUAUGAAAAAAUCUUGGCCCUUUGCACACUGAAAAUAGACUCUAUAAGGGCUUUAGAUUAGCAGACCACUUAAGACCUUUUCUUUUAAUAGUUUGAGCUGUCUACUGAAAUCAGAAAGUGUUUUUUGAACUUCAGCUUUUGCCGGACCAUAUUGCCUGUUGCUGCAUGGAAAGACUACACUAUGACUAACUCCAAUGAUAGCCUAUUUUGAUUAGCAGUUGAAUUUGAUGAUGUCUGAUGUGCAACUCACCUUUAUAAUCCUUUUAACCUAAGUUAAUGAGUGCUAACUUCAUAUUCAAUUCAUUAUGCCCUUAAAACUUUCUGGGUGUGUAUUCAUUUGCUUUUCACAGAACCCUAAUUUAGUUAAUACUAAUAAAUAUUUAUGUAAAGUGUUGAUUAGUCUUUUCCAUUAAAAAAUAUUGCAGCCAAAA